AUGGAGACAAGGUUGAACUGCAGCUCUCUCUGCGAAUCUGGAGUCUGCACCAUCCACAUAGGAGUCAGCAACCAGCAUGGCUGGGACAUGAUACAGAGAAUUUGUGCCGUCUCCACGGGCACUGUGGAUGUGAAGGGCAGAUCUCUGUCAACCGUUCUCUGUGCCAUCGUCUGGACCUUACUCUCCUGUGGAAUUCUGCUGGCUCUCUUCUUCCUCCUCUUCACGCUCCGCUUUCGAAACAACAGGAUCGUGAAGAUGUCCAGUCCCAAUCUGAACAUACUGACCCUGUGUGGGAGUGUACUAACAUACAGCACUGGUUUCCUGUUUGCUAUGGAAGAGAGGACAGCGCUACAGGUGCAUACACGAGCUAAAAGAACAGUCCUUUUCUGCAUGUCUGUCCGUAUGUCCCAGGCCUGGAUCUGGACUCUGUGUAUUGGCAGCUCUCUCGUGUUUGGGCCCAUUCUGGGUAAAACAUGGCGGCUCUACAGGGUUUUCACCCAACGUGUACCCGACAAAAGAGUGAUUAUCAGAGACAUCCAGCUGAUGGGUUUGGUAUCUCUGCUGAUUCUGGUGGAUCUUGCGAUUCUGACCACGUGGCGUCUGACCGAUCCAGUUAAAUGUGCACGGUCCGUCACUGCGGUGUCCAAGGUGGUGGAAUGGGAUGUAUCUUACUCCCUGUCGCAGUUGGAUUCCUGUUCUUCCUUCUACUCGGACCUGUGGGCAGUUCUCUUCUCCGUCCUCAAGGGCAGCCUCCUCCUCUACGGAACGUAUCUGGCGGGGCUGACCAGUAAUGUUAGUCUUCCCCCAGUUAACCAAUCUCUGACCAUCAUGGGCGCUGUAUGUCUGGUUACCUUGUCAACAGCUGUUGUUGUGCCUGUCUCACGUUACCUGUACGCUUGGCCCAAUGUUGUUUACGGCGUGGUAUCUGGAGCCAUAUUCAUCUGCACUUCGGCCAUUAACUGUCUGCUGUUUGUCCCACAGUUGACACAGUGGAGACAGUUCGAGGAGGAGAUAAACUCAACUCAUAGUCAGAUGGCCAAGUACUUCAGCAGCCCCAGCAAGAGCCUACACUCUAUGUACAGUGAAGAUGAAAUCUACUACCUGUUGGGAGAAAACGAUUCCAUGAAGAGACUCAUCAAUGAGAAGAAUGCAGUGAUCGACAGCCUUCAGGAGCAAGUGAACAAUGCCAAGGACAAACUUGUUAAGCUCAUGUCUGUGACUCAACCCCAGGAGGAGCAAGAGAUGGACUCCUCCAUAACCAACCUCCAUUCCUCCUCCACCCAGAUGACGGUGGUGCUGCCUGAAUCUCCUCCUACUUUGAACCAACAAGGAGACUCAGAGAUGUCCCCUCCUGUGGUUCUCAAUCCACCGCCUUAUAUACCUCCUCCUCCACCCCCUUCUGACUCCCCCUUGACUACCUCCCAUGAAACCCCUCCCGCAAGGCUCUUAAUAUCUAACGGAGCUCCUGCUUCUCCCGUAUCUGUGCCUGCUCCUUCCCAGUCUCCCCGCACUCCUGAUGGAGCUUCCCAGAGUUCUCAGACCAUGCCGUGGAAGUCCGAAUGUGUGUCGGACAAACUAAGUUUUAGGGAUUGCACAGAUGUGUCAAAAUUUCACAUCACUCUGGACAGUACCACCAUCCAACCGGAGCGUGACUGUCAAGUAAGUAACGAAGAGGCACCACCUGCCUCUCCUGUUGACCAAUAUAAUCUCCUGCAAGCGUCUCCUCUCGUAUCCCCUACAUGGCCCUGCUCAACUCAGGCAGACAUUCCAGGCUCUGCAGGGCAGUUCGUUUUGUCUCCAGCGCUUACCAAGGGCAGUCAAAAGAGACUUGUGAGCAGCGAACAGCUGCAGGAGAUAUUGCAAGACCUGAGUGUGAACGCGGUGGGCAGCUCCGUUAGGUCACCUAUCCUGAUGAGGACAACUUCCUCGACCAGUCCGACUAAGGAGGAUGUCCCCUCUCUCUCUCCUCGAUCUCCCUUCCACUUCUAUUAUCCCAGUAUCUCACCUUACGUCAUGCGUAAACGGAGGCCUCCCUUCCACUCUUCAAGAGGGGGCACACUGACCUACUUCUAUCCAGGUCCACCACCUGCAGGCCAGAGGACGGGAUCCGUACCUCCUGACCCAGAGAGGCCCAAAGAACCAGGAGAUUCUGGUCCACCAGAAACUGCUGUGGACAUAGGGACCCACCGACAGCACCUAGAUUCGUGGAACCAUGAGAGCGAUGAAGAAGAAGAAGAAGAAGAAGAGGAGUACGUGGCCUCACGGCGAUUUAAGAGGGGCUCAAGAUGGAGACACAGAGCGCCUCCCUCAAGGAGGUGCUCUGCCACUCCUAGCCUAGGACAAAAAGUCAAGCCAGUAGCUGGAGGACAGUGGGAAAGGUGUGGACAGACUGUUGAGCUGGAGCCAUCCAGUGACGUACGUGGGUACUCUGAUUCAGAGUCAAGCAGUUCAGAAGACUACUGUUACUAUCACCGACCCUACUGUGAGGCAUGCCUGCAGGGCCCAUACACGGACAGCAGCACCUCCGAGACGUCGGACAGUGAGUUUGGGGGGAUCUGUCGAGCUUCUCAUCCUGUGGUAUUCAAAGAGGACCUCAAACCUACCUUUGUCUGA